AUGGCCAACUCUUAUGACCGACAGUUUCACCAUUCUUAUUUGGCUGAUAAUUCCUCGUCAUCUAGCCUCAGAGCGCCCGAUCGUGGGAAUGAGGCAAAGGGCAUAAACAGCCCUGAAACGAGAUUCUUGGGUCAUGAAUCUACCAUACCAAAAGAUGGCCUGCACAGCGGAAACAAUACGAAAAGGCAUUUUAUGCCUGGGACACUAUUCGCGGAUCUUAGUCUGACACUUCUACCUGCUGCUGCUUUGGGAUUUACCGUAGCAGUCAUGUGUCUAGACAAGAAGACUGUCGAGAAAGAGGUGUUGGCGAAAUGGAACAAUGCGAUCACUGUGAUAGCUUCAAUAUUUCCAAUUCUCUUCGCAUCAGUCGCAAGCAGAAUGGUCUUCCAAGCCGCGCGCUGGAAUCUCGAAAAAGGCGCAACUCUCAAUCUUCUUGAACAGCUCAUCGGUAGCCGCACAGUGGGCUCAACUCUCGUAACGCAGAUCAGUCUCGGAAGAUUCAACUUCCUAGGCGUCGCGCUUCUCAUCCUUUGGUCACUAUCACCACUAGGCUCACAGUCCGCUCUCCGAAUGCUUCGCACAAGACUUGAGCCAAUACAUGCGAAUUCCAGCGUUCUUUAUUACACCACAGAUGCGCCCUCGGUGUUUAGGAGUGCUGAGCUCAGAAAUUCUCGAAGCGAGAUCGAUUCGUAUCGAUCUACGCAGGCGUAUAUGCAGACCAUGUAUAGCGCUCUACUACUUGCUCCACCAUCAGCCAAGAGUAACGCUAUGGAUUUAUGGGGCAAUGUUAAGAUCCCGAAGCUUGAGGUUGAUGGCGAUGACAAGGGAUGGAAGAACGUUUCUUCUUGGAACUCUGAACCGGAUUCCUACUCCUCACUCGUUGGACUACCAGUUACCAAUGUGACCCAAGGUAACACCACAUUUUCUCUAGAAUCAAGCUACAUCGAUCUAGACUGCAAACUCAACUACAACAUCUCAGUCUUCGAUGCACAAGAGUACGAAUGGGAUCCUCAUAUGGGCGGUACCAACAACGGUUCCAUCAGACUUCGGAAUGGGACAUGGCAUGGGCUCAAUAGCACGUACCUACAGACAGUUUGGAGUAUUGGGGUUGAUCGUUUCGUCGAUGAGUACUGGGACGUCAACGACCGAUGCCCUUCAGUCGGAGAGAAGAAGGAUUGCUCACGACCGAGUCUUCUUAUCAACGAGACUGAUCUGCAUGUGAGGCCCGCACAGCUUGUCUUCGAAUCUUCAUUUCGAACAUCACCUUGGCAAUAUGUUCCAAGCAUGCGAGUCGAAGCGAUUUGCAGUGUUUAUCAGCGCUAUGUUGAAUCUCGCGUAGCUUGCUCUCGCGAAGGCUCUUCAUCUCCGCAGAACUGCACUGUUACUCAACAACGUUUUUCAAGACAGCCCCACGCUGACGAGGGGGUGACUUCGAUUUCCUUCCCUGACAUCUGGGGCUGGGUGACUCGUGGUCUUCCUGAGGGUGUUAAACAACAGAGCUACGCUGAUAACACGAUCAGGUAUCUCAAUGACCCUGGGGUUAGGAGCUUUGCGGUGGGUGAGCCAGAGGAAGAUGCAGAUAUGCUGAGGAAUGUCACCAAAGAGCAAUUCGGACGUCGACUAUCACAGCUCAUCAACACAUAUGUUCUCCUCGGUCAGUUGAAUCAGUAUGCCUCACAAGGCAACAGCGACGCAAUCGCAAACUUUGCCCCCAACGUCACUGUUCCUGUGGACGUGAGCAAUCUUGAGGAGAUUUACGUCGUGCACUGGAACUGGAUGGCUUUGUUCUUUGCAUGCUGUGGUGUUCUUCUCGGGAGUGGUAUUGUCGGAGUUGUUUUUGCUCACUUGGCUGCUGGGCCAGAGAUUCUGGGUUAUGCUUCGUCUGCAGUGCGUGAUUCCAAGUACCUUAACCUCCCAGUAGAUGCUGGAGAGAAGGAAGCUCUUGAUGUGACAAAGAUGAUCGGACAACAAAAGUUCAAGUACGGGUAUACGAACGCGGUCUCUGAAGAGGGGCGACCGUUGAUGGGGAUUGCAUUGGAAGAUCAGGUGCAAGGGAUUAAGAGGCGGUCUUCCGGUAAAGGAAGCGUGGGAGAGUCUUGA